UGAUCAAGUCCCAGCGAAGAAAGGAGCGCGAGAGCAUCCAUCAGCACAGUGUAGGCGCGAGCAGGAAUGAUAGGACAGUCUCGUGCUUCACGCGCCUAGAAAGAGGAAGAGGAACGCACGAGGCAGGUAAACAGAAGAGUAUCUGAGAGGAGAAGAACUAAACAACAGAGAUGAAUUUUGUGAUGAAAGCAGCUCUGGGAGGGGGUCCCCCUGAUGUGGGGAAGAUGCUGGGUGGAGAGGAGGAUAAGGACCCCGAGGCAGAGAAAGAGAAGGAGGAGGAGAGGCAGGAGGCUCUGAGGCAGCAGGAGGAGGAGAGGAAAGCCAAAUAUGCCAAGAUGGAGGCCGAGCGGGAGGUGAUGCGGCAGGGCAUCAGAGACAAGUACGGCAUUAAGAAAAAGGAGGAGGCCGAAGCCGAGGCGCAGGCAGCCAUGGAAGCAGCCAGCGAGGGCAGCUUGACGCGUCCGAAGAAAGCCGUACCGUCCGGCUGUGGAGACGAAGACGAGGAAGAGGAGAGCAUCAUGGACACGGUGAUGAAGUACCUGCCAGGACCUCUGCAGGACAUGCUGAAGAAGUAACACACUGUUUAACACAGCAACACCCGAGCUUUACAUAUUCUUCUUCUAAUUAUUACAAUUGUAAUGAGCGCUUCCGCUUUCAAACAGCAGAGGACGCACUAAAGCAAAGACAGCCACACACACGACUCGACGUAAGAACACCCCCAUCCUUCGUUUCGCAACGGUUCUGUACAUAGACUUUAGCCACUGGUUCUAGGUAAGAAGGACGGGCGGUACGUUUCAAAAUAUAAGCCAUAUUUUAUCUUUAAAGGGAAAUUCUUAAUCAUUUCACGAGUUACGAUAACGUUUCUUAUUUAAAACACAAAGAAAGGAGAGAACGUGAGCUACGAUGUAUGCAUGAAAUGUAGCUUACAGGUCUACUUCACUGUUUUGUAUCGUCAACCAGCGAGGUUUACUCAGUUUAUUAGCGAUAUAAAUAUAUAUAUAUAUAUAUAUAUUUUAGCUUUAUUUAGAGUUAAUACAAACUGUAUACAGUAUAUUAUCAAUGAUAGAAUUAAUUAUCUGAUAUUAUUAGCUAAACUAAUAUUAACCAAGUAAUAUAAGAUAUAAUAGCUAGUCUAACAAAAAUAAUAUUAACUAAAUAUGUUGGCUAAGUUAAUAGUAGCUAUAUAUUAGCUAAACUAAUAUUACCUAAUAUUAGCUCAGCUGAUCUUAGCUAUAAGAUUAACUCAACUAAUCAUAACCAAGUUAUUAGCUUAGAUAAGUUAAUAUUAGCUAAAGUAAUAUUAGCUAAACUUUAACCAACUUAGCUUAACUAUUAAUAACUAAAUAUAUAUUAAAAUUAUAUUUUGGCUAAUAUUAAAUAAUAAUAGCUAUGAUAAUCGUCAGCUAGAGUAAUAUUAGCCAAGCUAAUAUAGACGACAUUUUUAACUACACACAGUACGUACCGAGCUAUAAUUUAACUAAAUGUGAAAAACAAGCAUCACAAUCAUUAAAGCAGGAACACGUCAUCUAUGCAUGUAUCCAUAAUGUAUGUCAUAUUUUUGGUGCAAAGAAUACAACGAAAAAAAACAUAAAAAAACAAAAAAAACAACAACAUAAAAGGCAAUAAAUUUUCAGCGUUCUGGAAGCUAAACCGAUGCGCAUUGCUGAACAUACCAAAACUCAGUCGAUCUUGAAGCUAAACUCUCUCUCAGAGGACUGGCCUAUAGAGCACAGAUUUGAGUCACAUGAGGCCUCAACACUCAUAUCAGUGCAGACUCAUUAUAAAAAAAAUCUUAAUAAACCUUUACUUCUUUACAUUUUUUUUUUUUAAGCGUGAUGUGCUACAUUACACACUUCAGGUGCAGCAUCUGCCAGAAGGCUAGAGGAUCGCGACCUUGUUUUGGCUGUAAAAAAAAAAAAGCAGGUUUAGCAUCGAAUCUGUGCGUUCAGACUCGUCUCUGAACUUUCCUUCAGACUGUUUUCUGGAACUUUCUUAGCAAUAAGUUUCUUCUGUUCUGCUUAGCUUGUGAAAACCAAUGAUACACCCACAUUCUGAGCGAGGGAAGACCGCGGAGACGUUAAUCAAAGAAGAGAAUGUGAAACAAUGGGCAUUAUAGCAAUAUAAUGAUCAAUCACGUGCUGUCAUUUAUUGUCGUUUGUUAUUGUCAUUUACAGGCUACUCUUUUUGUUUGCUCGCCUUAAAACGAUGCCUUUAUUAUUGAUUACGAUCGACGGGGAAAAAAAAAAAAAGUGAAAUGUAUUGUACUGUGUCACUUCAAAUCAUUAAAAACACUCCUGAGCAUCUCUUUCACAGAAAGCAUGCUGUUGAAUAAAAGUGAUUUUCAAUGAGA